AAAGGAUCAAAUACUUUCUCAAUCGUUUAUAAUUUUUCUCUUUUGGGUUUCUUAUUUGAAUGGUGAGACAAUCCAUGGAGGUUACUCAAUAUCAUCAAAGUUUUAACGAAGGUUCGAGUUCUAGGGUUCCCAUGAACCAGAACUCACAAGUAAUAACCAAGAUCAAGCCCAAGAUUCGCAUCAUCCACAUAUUUGCACCAGAGAUCAUCAAGACCGACGUCAAGAACUUUCGAUCACUUGUCCAAAGUCUAACCGGAAAACCCACAGCCGGAGAAGUCAAAACCGAUAAAAAGAGAGCCAAACCAAGAAUCCCAACGUCUCAAGAACCGGUUCACGGAGAUCAUCAGCCGGUUAACAGGCUAACGGGUUUUACAGGUUUAUUAGCAAACGGAGGAAACCAUCAGGUGAAAGAAGAAUGGGGAUGUGGUGAUCGUAAGAGUACUUUGAACACAAACACUUACUUUGACCUAGAAGGUUUGAUUCAAGAUGUAGAAGAAGAUUACUUCUCUUCGUUUCCCAUGAGAGCGUCUUCGUCUUCACAAGUCGAGGGUUUCAUCUUCAACAACAGCCACAACACCAACAACAACUUCGAUUCAAAGGGCAUAAUACGUCGUAACUAACCAGAGUUUAUAACUUUUAGGGUUUUUUUAUUUUUCAAUCGCAUUGGUUUGAUGAUAUCUAAUCGUUUGAGGCAUGAAAAGCAAACGAAGAAGGUCAUGCUCUUAGGAACAUAAGGCAGAUCGAUAAGUUGUGUUUUAUUGAUGGGUACGAUGAGUGAAUAACUGAUUUUUUGGUAGACUGACUUUGCCAAGGUUGAGAGUUGUAAUGAUCAAAUGUUUAAUUUAUGUGCAGCCCUUCUUGGAGAAGUGACUGUAUCUAAUUAAGUGCUGGUCGAUAGUAAAAAAAAACCCUAGUUGUGUGUUGAUAUGUAACAUUGAUGUGCUACUAUUGGAUGUGUAAUAAUAAUUCUAUGGUGCGUGAUUGUCAUC